GGGGAUUGUUUACGUCUCGGGCGGAGCGGAAAGUGGGUCAGGGCCCGCGGACCCCAGCAGCGGCAGCAGGUGAACGGCGCCCGGUCCGGCUUGGCCGGCCGGCGCAGCGCUAACCUUGCGGAAUAGGAGGCCAGCCUCUCUUUGUCUUUGUGGGAUCGGCGCGGGCCGGCCGGGUUGCGGCUUAAGGGUCGGGCACUACCUGCAGCGUUGCCGGAAGCCGAGGUCGGUGAACAGCAGCCCUAGGCCCUAAGGGUGGCAAGGGGGCCGGCCGCGGCCUGGAGCAGCCUGCCCGGGCAUUCACUUGGUCCUGUUCACCAUGGCGAGGCGACCCCGGAGCAGCAGGGCAUGGCAUUUCGUCCUCAGCGCAGCCCGCCGAGACGCGGAUGCCAGGGCUGUAAGCCUGGCAAGCACCCCUAACUGGGGCUACGACUCUGAUGGGCAGCACAGUGACUCGGAUUCCGAACCAGAGUACUCAUCUCUGCCACCAUCCAUUCCCAGUGCUGUACCUGUGACAGGGGAGUCGUUCUGUGACUGCGAGGGACAGAGUGAGGCUGCCUUCUGCAGCAGUCUGCACAUGGCCCACCGUGGCAAGGACUGCCGCUGUGGAGAGGAGGAUGAAUAUUUUGAUUGGGUCUGGGAUGACCUAAAUAAGUCAUCAGCCACCCUGCUUAGCUGUGAUAACCGCAAGGUCAGCUUCCACAUGGAGUACAGUUGUGGUACUGCAGCUAUUCGGGGUACCAAGGAGCUGGGAGAUGGCCAACACUUCUGGGAGAUUAAGAUGACCUCACCUGUCUAUGGCACUGAUAUGAUGGUGGGCAUUGGAACAUCAGAUGUGGACCUGGACAAGUAUCAGCACACAUUCUGCAGCCUUCUUGGUAGGGAUGAGGACAGCUGGGGCCUGUCCUAUACAGGGCUUCUUCAUCAUAAGGGCGACAAGACAAGUUUUUCCUCGAGGUUUGGCCAGGGCUCCAUCAUUGGUGUGCACCUGGAUACCUGGCACGGGACACUGACCUUCUUUAAGAACAGGAAGUGCAUAGGGGUGGCGGCCACUCGGCUACAGAACAAGAAGUUUUACCCAAUGGUGUGCUCCACAGCAGCAAAGAGUAGCAUGAAGGUGAUCCGUUCUUGCGCUAGCAUGACCUCCUUGCAGUACCUAUGCUGCUACCGCCUGCGGCAGCUGCGACCAAACUCAGGAGACACCCUUGAGGGCCUGCCCCUGCCACCUGGCCUUAAGCAGGCCCUAUACAACAAGUUGGGCUGGGUACUGAGCAUGAACUGCAGCCACAAGCCUGCUGUGUCCUCACCUAGGGCAGCAGAUCUGACCAGCCCCAGCAGCCCAGAGACCAGGCCCUGCCAGAGAAAACGCUGCCGACGGACCUGAUUUUAUUUCUUGAUGAAGACUGCCUUCUCAGCCUGUGACUAGCAUUCUCUCCCUCCCUGGCUUCUUUCCAUCCAGCAGGAGAGAGGAGAGCUGGGCUGAAAUCAUCUCUCCCAGGGCCAAGACAGUCUUUUCUUCAGGGGCCCCAGGGCCCCAGGCUGCCAGUCCACCCAGCUGCCUGAGCUGGGCAGGGCACAAGCCAUACCUGUGCCCUUGUGUCUCCCUCUUGAGUGUCUUGGGAGGAGCAGCCUGAGUACCUCUGGACCCAGACUGGGAGCCAGGGGCACAGGUGUCUGCUGCCCCAGAAAGAGAAGGGUUCUGCUGGAGCUUAGUUCUUUCUGUUCCUGCCAGACCUGGAUUUUUUCUUAGCUUGCUUUGCAUGUUGUCAGCUGCUGCGCCUGUCACAGAGACUUUAAUUGUCACAAAUGCCCACACAGCUGUAAGAUUAAAGAGUCCAUCUCAAGGC